AUGGAUCACCGACACAACGAAUGCACCGGAGUUUUCAAUAGAGACUUAUCUGAUUGUGGUGAAGAAAGUCGAUCCCAGUUAAAAAGCUCAAGCCGGCGGAAGAGGUCAUUUUUUCUCGUCACUCCGGAAGGGAAUGCCCUCACUGUCAGCCCUGGCUCGCACUCUUCUUCGCACCUCCGGGGCCAAUUCCCCUCGGAAUUACCCUCGGACUGGCAACUGCAUCAACCUGAUCUGACUUCCGUUUCUCAGCUUCUAGCAGCUUUGCUUCUGACGACGGCUCUAACGGUGCUGUCCGCACUCGAUGCCAUGCACCACUGCCUGCAACACGAAACCUACGCUUUGCUCGACCUCGUGGACGACGACAACUUCCAGCAAGCGUACGAGAACGCAAUUUCGAACGAAGGAGGGAAGUGCAGGCGCAUGUUUCAAAAUGUCUUGGUUCCGACAGGUGCAGUCACAUUCUCUUUGGGAGGUGUUUGUCUCGUACUCAUCUACUGCCACAGUCGUCGGGGCGGCACCUGUGCCUACGCGACGAUCAGAGUGACCGUCAAACUGCUACUCUUGCUGUUAGCCAUGUUCGCAAUUCAAACCUACAGUAUCAUGGCUAUCAUGCUGCAGACACGGAACUACUCCGCCAAUAGUUCCGACAAUCCCUAUGAGCACUUGGCGGCCGUUGACCAUUACGGUCACGUCGCUGACAACGCUAAUCUAUACUACAUGGCUUGGAUCUCGGAGAUCCUAGCCAUUUCUUUAGUAUACCAGACAGUAGCAGCUACGUUUCGUCUCACACGGGCAGCCAAAAAUCAAGCGGACAGUGCUUUGCUACCGGCGACAUCCUGGGAUUCUUCGUACAGAAUGGAUUCGGAAAGUCGGGCGAUGUGGUACAAGUCUCUCUACCGACUGCGUAUUCGAACAGGCAUAUGGAUGGCAGCGUUUUUAUCAAGUUUUGUAGUAAUCGCCAGUUCCCAGUAUGUUUGGACACAAGUAUUGUGGGCGUACGCUUCGCAGUACAGCGCCGACGCCAAGUACACGACCGUCUGUCGCGUCGUUCGUGAGAAUUCCAAUCUUCCACCGCAGCUCUGCCGCCGUACAGUUACCUCGUGGCUCUCGGGGGUUAUUGGAUCAGCACUAAGCGCAACCGCAAUUGGUAUGCAUUUGGCUGGACGCUGGACGGCCGCGGACAGUCAAUUGCAUCAACAGGACUCUCUGCCGGUGUGGGAGCGUUUACUGGUACAGAACAGAUUACCACUGCGUACGGAGCUUGUUUUAAGUGUACUACUCAGUAUCGUAUCUGGAUUCAAUGCAGUUUUUGCAACGGGCGUACAAGGACCUGCUGCAACUGUUGGAAACCUGUACUACGCGUCAUGGCUGUGCUUCUUGCUCUAUGUUCGAAUCGGACUGGGAUGCUUGGAAGAACAUCACAAUAUCGAGGAAGUGGGAGAAGAAAUCAACCAAGACGGAUACAUUGCACCCGUACUGGUGGGUCGGCAAGUUGGCGUUACUUCGGCAAGAGACAUGUCGACUUUGCGGAGUAGUAGUGACACAACGGGAAAGUCGGAGCAAGUAUAUACUGAUCCAUUGGAAAAGGAUCGGGCGCCUAUUGCACGGAAGUACUUCUUUCUUGCUAUCUUUUCUUUGGUAUGCGCUGCCUCAGCGUACGAUGCGGCAUCGAAUCAAAAUAAACGCCUGACACCGGUCCAGAUUUACAUGAGUACCGCACCCUGUGUUGUGUCCGUUCUUUCUGGUUUUUUAUUUGUUCUGUGCCUUUCGCCGCACUGCUACACCAUCGUCUCACGGUUUUGGAUUGGUGGAUCUCUAUCCAUAUUUUGUUUUAUCGUUUGGCUUGUCAACUUGGUACUGACGAUGCACUCCGCAAAUUCUUGGGCUGUGAAUGGAAUUGGAGAGAUCAAGACCGCCAAUCUGUACUAUUUUUCUUGGGCAUCUAUUAUCACAUCUAGCAUUCAAAUGAUGUCUUAUCUCAAGGCGGCAUUCGGGGUAAAAAAGAACGACUAUAUGUCCUUCGUUUGGGUCGGCAUUUGCAAAGUUUGCUUUGUAGUACUUGGUGCAGCCAUGCACAUUUGGCACACUAUCUCUGGCAACUGUGGUUUCGAUGAAAUUACAAUCGGGGCCGUGACCUUUUGUUCACGAACCGUUCUGGCCAUGGUCGUUGCCCUCACAGGAAUGCUAGUUGGAGGUCUGGUUGUCGCCGGUCGGAUGCUUCUGAUGUGCUGUCCGUCCUGUCAAUGCAGUCGUUUCCAAACACACAUCGAGAUGAUCAUUUCUAUUUUCUUGGUCUUUCUUUUUGGAGCCGCAGUAGCGCUGAUCACCGGGAUUGGUGGACCAGGACAGAGUGUCGGCGACCUUUACUACAGCACAUGGUGUGCCUUCUUGAUUUCAAUUGGAAUCUUUGUCAGUUGCUUCGAGCAGAUUAAAUUAGAAGACAUGGAGUUGGACUCCUCACAACCAAAACAGCUUGAACGAAGGAAAGCGACAGACAAUGUUCUAGUGUAA